GUUUACAUUUACUUGUUUUUGCUUUAGGCACUUUGAUUGUUUAUUGUUUUGAGGGUGUUUUUCUUAUUGAUUUUUAGUGUUUCUUAUUUCAUUUGCGUUACUUUUUUCGUUAGACAUUAUGCCAAAGAGGUGCUAUGUUUGUGAUAAAAAGAAUCCAGAAGUCUGUUUGCACUCGUUUCCUAAGAACGAGAAACUUUGUCUCAUAUGGAAAGAAACUUGUGGCCUGAGGAUUGAUGAUAAUAUUGCUAAUCUUAGCGUUUGUUCAAAUCACUUUAUCAGUGAUGACUAUUUUGAGCCUUGUGCUAAACAAAUUACAGGACGACGGGGACGACUAAUACUAAAACCUGAUAGAUAUCCAACUGUAAAAUGCCCAAAAAAAAUUGUUGAAAAACCUCUUGAAGUUCCUGCUCAAGAACUUAUUGAAGAACCUGUUGAAGAACCUGUUCAAGAAUUUUUUAAAGAACCUGUUGAAGAACCUGUUCAAGAAUUUAUUGAAGAACCUGUUGAAGAACCUGUUCAAGAAUUUAUUGAAGAACCUGUUGAAGAAAUUGUUCUAGAAUUUAUUGAGGAACCUAUUGAUCGGGUACAAAAUCCUUUAAACGUGGAACCAUGCACAUCUAUAAGUGUUGAUGAACCUUGUACUUCCCUCCAAAAGCGGAAAUAUUUAGAGCCUAGGUAUUUUGGAGAAGUGACUAGUCCUGACCUGGCUACUCCUAAAAGAGCAAAAAGGGUUAUGUUGUUGGCAAAAACACAAAUAAAUAUUUUAAGAAAAAGGGAAGCCAUUCUUAAAUCAAGAAAUCGAAGGCUCUGUAAAAAAGUUACAUCACUGAAAUCACUUAUCAAACAUCUUAGACAGGAGAAUGUUUUGUCUGAAAUACGCCAGAGAUGUAAUCAUGCAAACUUUACCAGAAUCAAUAAAGGAUACGACAGGAAGAAAAUUAAAGAUAAAUAA